GUGAAAGCGCAGGCGGUCUCGAGCACGGGGGCGGUUCCCCGCUGGGCCCAGAGCCUGAACCGGAGCCAAUCGCGCAGCCGAGACAGCUGCCAAUCACACGGUUCCCUCCAAUCCCACCCGUGCCAUUUCCAAAAACUCGGUCCCACUGUGCAGCUCAAAUGUGGUGUUCACUCUGCCAAUCGCUGGAGGAUAGAAAGGGGACAAGAAUAAGCAGUUAGGAGGCCAGGACACAAGAAGUUAAAGAGCGCCUAAUAUAUACAUGUUUUUGAAGGCGGGCAGAGGGGAAAAAAGUGUCCCCAGCGAGGGUCUAUGGGCCUGAUUGUAUAGUUAUGAUGGAGCCCCCUUUGAGCAAGAGGAACCCGCCAGCGCUGAGAUUAGUGGAUUUGGCAACGGCUCAGACCCAACAGCUUCAGAAUAUGACAGGAUUCCCGGUGCUGGCCGGCCCGCCCGCCCACUCCCAACUCCGCGCCGUCGCCGCGCAUCUCCACCCGCGGGACCCAGACACUGACCCCGGCGCGGCCAGCACUGCGCUCGGACCCGAGCACAUGGCACAGGCCAGUGGGCACGGCCCCAGCCCUCCCGCUCAGCCGCCAGCGCCCGCGCCGCACCCGCACCACCCCCACCUCCCGGGGGCGGCCGGGGCCUUCCUGCGCUACAUGCGGCAGCCAAUCAAGCGGGAGCUCAUCUGCAAGUGGCUGGACCCGGAGGAGCUGGCCGGGCCGCCGCCCGCGGUCAGCGGCGCCAAGCCCUGCUCCAAAACUUUCGGCACCAUGCACGAGCUGGUGAACCACGUCACUGUGGAGCACGUGGGCGGCCCGGAGCAGAGCAGCCACGUCUGCUUCUGGGAGGACUGUCCGCGCGAAGGCAAGCCCUUCAAGGCCAAGUACAAGCUCAUCAACCACAUCCGCGUGCACACCGGCGAGAAGCCCUUCCCCUGCCCGUUCCCGGGCUGCGGCAAGGUCUUCGCGCGCUCCGAGAACCUCAAGAUCCACAAGCGCACUCAUACAGGGGAAAAGCCUUUCAAAUGUGAAUUUGAUGGUUGCGACAGGAAGUUUGCCAACAGCAGUGAUCGAAAGAAGCACUCCCAUGUCCACACCAGCGACAAGCCGUACUACUGUAAGAUUCGAGGCUGUGAUAAAUCCUAUACCCACCCGAGCUCUCUGAGGAAGCACAUGAAGAUCCACUGCAAGUCCCCCCCACCUUCUCCAGGAGCCCUUGGUUACUCAUCAGUGGGGACUCCAGUGGGUGACACUUUGUCCCCUGUGCUGGACCCAACCAGGAGUCGAUCCAGCACUCUGUCCCCUCAGGUGACCAACCUCAAUGAGUGGUACGUUUGCCAGGCCAGUGGGGCCCCCAGCCACCUCCACACACCUUCCAGCAACGGAACCACCUCUGAGUCUGAAGACGAGGAAAUGUACGGGAAUCCUGAAGUCGUGCGGACGAUACAUUAGAAUGGUUAUUAAUAAGUGAUAGUAAGUGGGAGCCCUUGGACCACAUCCUAACCUGAGACAAUGCCGAGCCUGAGACAAGCUGGUGACUCAGACUUGCAACCGGGUCUAAUUAGCCCUAUUUAUUCAGUAUGAAACCCUAUGGUGUUUAUACAUUUAAUUAAUUUAAUUAAGAUAUUUUGUUUUUUUUUUCUUUCUCCUAAAAA